CUGGGACCCGAAGGAGUCCCGGAAGCGGUCGCCCCUCCUUGUUUGGGGCGCGAUGUGCCUGGCCUCUGAGGUCUGCGCCGGCCUCGCGCGGCUCUCGCAGCUCGGACGCCGCACCGUCCCGGGUGGGCCGAGGGGCCGAACGCAGCACUUGGGGUCCCGCUCCUUUGGGGUCUAGUCUCGCCCCCCCCCCCCGGUUGUCUGCCGUUCGCUCGCACCUCGGUCCAAAUGCACCCACUCCGGCAGCUUCUCUUUCUAGGAAUCACUUUCUGAGACCUGUUGCGGAGUUCCCACUCGUGCGUUCGAGAUCUUUGACCCAGAUUCCUUUUCACUCUUCUUACGCCCACUGGAGCUUCUCCUGGUCCUGGUGUACUGAGAUCACAUUUGACAGUGACAACAGAAAUAUUUGGCAUUCUGGAGACGCUGUUUAAAAAAUGAAAUGUUCAGGUAGUCUGGAGGUGAUGUCCGCUUCCCAGUGCAUUACAUCAGGAGAUAUUUAACAUCAGUGUGUGCCUUUAUUGGUCACGCUCAUUUGGUACCAAGUAAAGAUGUAGGGAACAAAAUAAAGGAGCUUUCAUUCUGAUGGGAAUAGAGAGAAAAUAAAAUUAAAAGUAUGGAAAGGAACAGCUGAUGGUGUAUAAGACGAGAUGUGGUAUGGUGUGUUCCUGUGGGCACUGGUGUCCUCUCUCUUCUUCCACGUCCCUGCUGGAUUACUGGCCCUCUUCACCCUCAGACAUCACAAAUAUGGUAGGUUCAUGUCUGUAAGCAUCCUGUUGAUGGGCAUCGUGGGACCAAUUACUGCUGGAAUCUUGACAAGUGCUGCAAUUGCUGGAGUAUACAGAGCGGCAGGAAAGGAAAUGAUACCAUUUGAAGCCCUCACCUUGGGCACCGGACAGACAUUUUGUGUAGUGGUGGUCUCCUUUUUACGGAUUUUAGCUACUCUAUAGCACAUACCCUUACGCCAGGAGGUUGAACCUAAGCUUUACAGGCUCCUCACAAAAAGAAUGCAUUAUGGAACGUAGUGUUUUCUUAAUUCUUCAAAUGGAAGAAACUUGGAUGAAGAAGUAUGUGAAAAAUGACCUCUCAGGCCUUUCUUCAGUUUGAAGCUCCAGGAAUUAAAGAUCUUUCUGGACUCCUAUUGUUCUCAACCAAAACAAAUCAAAUCUUUGUGUCUUUUUUUUUUUUUUUGGAUUUAAUUUAAGCAGUUUUACAGGUGUACCUUUACCCAUGCCAGGUCAACAGGGCUUCUGGGUUGAUGUCCUUCACACUGAAAUCUACAGUGUUCUGUGAGAAAAUGCAAUGUUGCAUAUUUCAGAGCAACUAUGAAAAAUACUGGUUUUUUCCUGAGCAGACUGUACUAAAAUCUUAUCUCAUCUAAUCUUGAUUAAAGUUUGGCAGACUCUUUUACUACAUCCUCAUGACAGUAAGUGCCAAGUAGGUUUUGGUUGAGUAGAGCUUUGAGAACAAAUCUGUUGAAAUAUAACAGGGAAAAAAGUCCUACAACCCAAGUAGUGGCUGCAGUUCCACUGUUGAAAGAAAAAGAAGAUGUGACAUUUUCUGGAUAACUGUCUGGACCUCUGAUUACUUAAUAAUAUUAUAAGAGUUGUGAAUUUCUUGUUUUGUACAUUUUAGCCAAAUAAGCUAACUCAUUGAGACAUUUUUCCUCCCAGAAUUCCUAUAUCCCUUUUCCCCAUCACUUUCAUUCUAUCGAUUUUGUUAAGUUUAAUUGGAAACAUACCCUAUUAAAUAGCUUGAGUUCAAAAUUUUAAGCCAGAUUGGUUAGGAUGCUCUUUGGACAUUGAGGUACCAAAAAAAAAAUUUUUUUUUAAACGUUCUGUUAUAGUUUUUCUUAGCGACUUUGGUUAAAAUUGUAGAAAUGCAGCUUAAAGUAGAGUUGGUGGUUAUUUGUUUCUUAGUCUUAAUGUGGUCACCACUCUUAUAGUAUUGGGUGUCACUCCCAGAAAGUGCCUAAAGUUUAUUUUCACAUACGCUUCCACAUUUAUAUUUCCCUUCAAGAGAAUGUAUAUAUCCUUCCAGAGAAUUAAACAUCGAGUUUUUUAAACCCACUUUUAGCUAUCUUAAUUUUCCUUCUACUGCCUUUCUUUUUCAUUAAAAGGCCUAAAAACUGUGACCUUCAAAAGAGAAAGGACUGCAAAAUUAAGUGUCUAGCUUGAUCCUUACCACUUCAGCUGUGUUGAAUGGAAUGUAGCCAUUGUUCUGUGUUCAGAAUAGUUUCUGAUCAUUAAAUCUGAUGUUUUUAAAGGAAAGUUUUCAUUGUGGCAGUAAGGCUAACAGCCUGUGAGGUUAUGUACACACAAGCAUAUCUAUUCCAUUUAAAGCAAUAUGUCCUCUGGCUUCUGAUUAAAAAUAGCCAAAAGGACCAACUUACCAGGGAAAGUUCAAGAUGAAGAAUUAAAAAGAGAUCACAGAAAUUAAUUGGCCAUAUUCUUUUAACUAAGAGGCCAUUAGACCACAUACCAAAAUUACAGUGACAUAUGCUCAGACUAGGUGGAAAAUUACAAGUAGACUUGGAAUGCUGGCAAAUGUUUUUACAAAUUCCCCAACGAGUUUCUCUCCGAUGUGCAAAUCUUUCUAGCAAAUUUUAAGUCUUUUCUUUUAAGAUUUUUUUUUUUAAAGAUUUUAUUUCAGAGAGAGAUUGACAGCAGGGGGAGGGGCAGAGGGAAAAGCAGACUCCCUACUGAGCAGGGAGCUCGCCCACAAGGACAUGGGACAUGAUCCCAGGACCCUGAGAUCAGGACCCUGAGAUCAGGACCUGAGCCGAAGGCAGACACUUAACCAACUGAGCCAUUCAGUUGCCCCACGAUUUUAAGUUAUCUCUGUACCCAGCGUGGGGCUCAAACUCACAACUCCAAUAUCAAGUGUCACAUGCUCCACUGGCUGAGCCAGCCAGGCACCUCUAAGUUUUUAAAUAAGACUCCAUUUUUCAGUUCAAGGACUUGUGAUUUUGCAAAGUAUCCCUUCAGUUUAAGAAAUUUGGGACAUUAUAUCCUUUGUUACAGAAAAUGAUUUUAAUCAUUUCUCUUGAAGUAUGCCUCUUAUUAGAAUUCCCAUCUAAAACAUUCUUUUGGAUAGAUUUUUACAAAUUGAACAUACGGGUGUAUGGUUGUCAGGCACCUCCCCCUGAAUACUAAUUUUUGAACAUAUUGAUCGAUGAUUUAAAUAUUUGGUUAUUAGAGCCAAGACAGAAAAAUUAAUGCAUUUUGAAAGGUGUUUUUGUUUCCAUCUGUUUCUUUGCUAUACUUCGAUUAUCCACUCUUUUUAAAAACUUCAAAUAUAAGAAUGUAUCUUUAAAUUAUUGAAUAUUUCAUCCAUCCCAGUAUGUGAACAUUCUCCUGUGAAUAAAUUUAUAUAGACCUUUAUAUACAUUGAGAUUUGUAGCUUGAAAGGUUUUUAAGGAGAAACUAUUUGAAUGAUAAAGAAUAGGUCUAGUCCACCUUGGGUUUUUUUUUUUAAUUUCUCUUUUCAAAUAUACAAUUAUUUGGGGUCGGUCACUCAGAUGGAAAAAUAUUGGCAUAUGUGUUGAACAUUUUAUUUUACUAUAUAUAGUUUUAAGAAUUUUUGCCAACAACUAACUGGCUUUCUUAGGGCCUAUGCAACCCCCCCCUUUCCCAGCUGGACAUCCACUUUUCUUUUUUUUCCCAACUUUUUUUUUUUUUAAUGCAGGGGAGUGAGGCAGCUCCCAACCAUAAAAGCUCCAUUCUUUAAUAUGGGUGUUUGGGGGGCUCCUGGGUGGCACAGCGGUUAAGCGUCUGCCUUCGGCUCAGGGCGUGAUCCCGGCGUUCUGGGAUCGAGCCCCAUAUCAGGCUCCUCUGCUAUGAGCCUGCUUCUUCCUCUCCCACUCCCCCUGCUUGUGUUCCCUCUCUCACUGGCUGUCUCUAUCUCUGUCGAAUAAAUAAAUAAAAUCUUUAAAAAAAAAUAUGGGUGUUUGGGGAUGAAGGCAUUUUAUGAAGUCCAUAUAAAAUACUUAAUGAAUAUCUCAAGAGAAGGAUGUCUCUCUGCUCUCAACUCAUUUUUUAAUUUUUCAGCAAAACAUUACUUCUUAGGAAACGUUUAAACAAGUGAGAAAAAGUUUAUGCAAGUAAUUAAACCACUCCUUAUGUUUUUUUUCAUUUUAAAUUGUAUGUUGGCUUUUGAUUUCAGUGUCCUUUCUGACUGCUCUGGUUUGAAUUAAGUU